AAACAUAACCGUCUGUUUUUGUUUUAAAAGCACAGAAAAAGUAUUCAGGGCAUUUAUAAUACGUAUUUUUAUUAUUGGGAAUGAAAAUAGAAUAUUAGCUCUCGACGAAACAUUGGCCGGUAUAAAUUAGUGGUUUUCAAGUAGGUUAUAUCGGCUAAAAUGAAACUUUGCAUUUGGCGGCAAAGAGGUUCAGACGCUUGUUACUAUAGAAACUGGUCUCAUGGCUUGACGUUACCUUGGUUACUAGCCCUCCUGUUCUAGGUCCCUUCAGUGCCUCUUCAUCAUUUCAUUUCCUUUUACUACCAAUGUGAGUGUCUUACUGCGAUCGACUCCUGCCCAAGGGUACUCUUACCAAAGCUGCCUUGUUUCGGCGCCAAAGGUUGGGUUUAAUCACUUUGCUGGUAAGGAUUUUCGAGCAUCCUUUUGCACAACUAUUGAGGUCAAGAAAUAGAAGAAAUCCAUAAAGAUGAACUGAAGACUUUAACUAGCAAAUUUAAUAUUUAAAAUGCCACCAAUACGUAAACCAGAGCUGGAUAAACUUGGGAAUCAGUCGCGUCCAUAUCUGAGUAGAUCUACUGGAGGAUCAAGCUUCAGAUCAUCAUAUGACGAAAGUACCAGAAUCAACUUGAGUAACAGUUGUUUUAGUGCAAUCAGAACAGAGAAGGGAGACCCUGACGAUGACUUAACAAGCCUUAACUGGCUGCAAAACAAUGACAUUUUGAAAGGCUUUGAAGUCUCAGCAACUGUGCCGCCUAUGUCCCCACCCAGGGACAGCAAUGGUGACAUUCUUGAAACCCCUCCCCGAGGGGGACAGUCAAAAGGACCUCUUUCUCCAGACACUUUGGCAAAUAAGCGGAAGAGUCCAUCAAAGCCCCCUUAUUCAUUUUCUUCACUCAUAUUCAUGGCCAUAGAGGAAGCACCUUCAAAGAAGUUGCCCGUAAAAGAUAUAUAUAACUGGAUUAUGGAUCAUUUUCCUUACUUUCGGGAUGCUAGACUUGGUUGGAAAAAUUCAGUGCGCCACAACCUUUCACUGAACAAGUGCUUUAAGAAGGUGGAUAAGGACAAAGGACAAUUUUAUCCACAGAAUGUUGGUAAAGGUUCUCUGUGGACUGUUGACCCCGAGUAUCGGCCAAACCUCCUUCAAGCUUUGAGGAAAACACCUGCUUUUCACCCCUAUCAUCACCUGCUAACCACACCUCCACCUUCGCCACAGAAUGGGUCAGGAAGUUCACUUGGAAAACAUAGUGGUAAAAUCGAAGUUGACCCAGAUGCUGAGGCAGAAGCAGUGGCUACAAUCUGCAUGAUUAGUACGCCUCCUGAAAUACGAGUAGCAGAGAUGGUACGAUGCCAAUCAUGUCCUCCUUCAGAGACAGACAGAGAGGAGUUGUUAGUUAAACAAGCCAAAGAGUUCCUCUUCAGACACAGAGGUUCAUUUUCUGGUUCUGUUUCUAUGGCAAAGGAUAGGACCUCGUCCUUACUCAUUGAUACCCACAGAAGAAACAGUGUCAAAGCUGGUUUGUCUGCAUCUCUCAGUAAAAUUGAUUCUGUAAAGCUGAGGAAUGACAUUUCACCCGAUUCAUCCCUUGAUGGCGAGUUUGAAUUUGAUCACCAUGAUGAUUCCGAUGAUGAUGAUGAUAAUGAUGACAGCGAAAUUGAGGAGACCAUGGAGAAGGUUGUCAAGGAUGAACUGAAUGACAGACUAAGUGAUAGUGGUUAUGGUCAAGGACUUGAAGAUGAGAUAGAAGGGAAGAGAGCAGCCAGCAGGGACAGGCCUGCAUCACGAAAUAAACGAGGCCGCAGAGACAGUACUGCUGAAAAACUGAAUGAUAUAGCUGGUGCUGAUGCACUUCUGGAACUGGCGAACUCGGCUUUUGUGCCAUCACCUCGUGUCGCCUCGGCCACACCUAGUCCUGUUCCAGAAGAUUCCCCUACAGCUGUCAGCUAGUACUUGGCUAAAAGUCAAGUCUUGAACACAUUGGAGGAAUAUUACAGAUAGUCAGUUUACAGGUCAAAUUACUGGUAUAUUGGUUUCCUGUUUGGAUGAACUCUACAAGGAUAUAGUGGUGUACGCUUCAGUUGUACAUACACCAUAGACUGUAUGUAUGAUAUUGGUGCAGAUGUGGAGCGACUGUGGACAGCUCAGAUGAAACUGAUUUCCCGUUCGUACCACAAAUCAGUUGAUCACAAAUCAGUGAGUUGCUGUGAAUUUUUAUUUGCCUGAGUAGCAAAUGGGGCAGCAUGGUUGGUAUACCAGAAAUCAUGCACAUGGAAGGGUGUGCUGAAUUUGCUAGCAGUGCAGUACUUAACCAAAGCUUAACAACUCAAUAUUGGGCUAGUUGUUCCUCUCCCAAAGUCUCUAAAUCAAAUUCUUUAAAAAAUUAGGUACCUGGUACAUUAAUGUACUGUUUGUUAUAUUCUCGUCCUUGUGGCUUUUAUUGAUUAAGCUCGUUCAAGGGUUACGCAUGCGUAUAGCAAUUUUCAAUUGAGUGUCGAAAAGAAUCCAUGAUUACUUUGGUUUUGCUUUACUUCGCUCUGUGAUUGGUCCACAAAACUUGCGCUAUCCUCACGACCAAUCAGAUUCGUAACUAGAGCCAACUUGGUCACUGGCGCAGUCCCGCGUUUCACGCGGGUUGCCCUGUUUUACUUGGAGUUCUGAUUGGCUAAUGAGGAUGUUAACCUGCGCUCCGAUUGGCUGCGUUGAUUACUUUGGUUUGGUUUUUCAAAUCUCAACUGAAAACUGCUCUUUUGUAAGAAUGACAAACAGGGCCACAUGAAAGCACUUCUGAACGGCUUUCAUUCCGGUUUUGUCGAGACGUAAUAGUUAGAACAGCUUUGUAGAAGGUGAGACGUAGUGCCACUUGAAAGUACUGCUCUUAACUUUUCCUUUGAAUGGUCUCAUAGUGAGGGUAAUAGGUUAAAACCAUCUUUUAUCAUAUGACUGUGUCUCACAAGGACUGGGAACUACCGAAUUGACGAAUUUGAUUGGCUGAAAUCAAUAUUGAAAGCGGUCUAGA